UCACAUUAAUGGAACUGACAAGAGCCGCUGACUCCCCGGAUCCCACACUUAUGUCUCUGGGAUCCUCACUAGUGUCUCUGGGGAAUCUAGUGUCCCUGGACCCUUUGGUGUCUCUGGACGCACCCCUGACGUCUUUGAGGCAAGAUGAUCAGUCUGCAAGUAAACACCAUAUUGACGAAGAUGAUGACUUUUUCAUGUUAAAACCCCGAAAAAAGAGUCGUCGAAGGCACAGGCACAGCGACAUGAAAGCCAAAGCACUUGAACCUACGGGUACCGAACCUACGGGUACCGAACCUACGGGUACCGAACCUACGGGUACCGAAACUGCGGGUACCGAAACAGGUAUCGAAAUCACAGAAACACAAACACAACCCACCCAAACCACCCAAACAGGUGCCGGGGCUGUCACACCGCUGCCAAUAGAACUCAGCUCCGACUCUCCAGUAUACCACGACGCCGACGAAGACUUCACCGCCACCGUCGCCGUCCCUGCCUCCCACCGCCGAACGCGACAGUCCACUCGCUCUUCCCCCCCACCGAAACCCAACCCAAGCCCACCCUCCGUGGCCCUCCGCCACUCCGCCAACCCCGACGACUUCGCCAGAAUCAUGGAAUCGGUCCGCCAGCUCCGCACCGAGUCCCAGCUCACCUACGAAUUCUCGCCCCACGACGAGGAAAAUCGACCCUACCUCCUCAACGUGAUCCCCAAAGUCCACACCACCACCCCCAACUCAUUUGCCACCAAAGGAAAUAAACUGUUCAAGCUCAUCCUCCAGAGCAUCCUUUUGCACUACAAAAGAAUCGGCCAGUUCCCCAAAAACGCCCGGGUAGUCGACUAUACGCUCUUUUGGAUCCAUGGCCGACGAGAACUUAAGCACUUUUUUCGCCCGUCCACCCUCCGCAUCUACCCUCCGCCAGAAGACCUGCUCGUGUAUGUCAACGGCAUCGGUUACACCGCUCUUGACUGUCUUUUGAUCUCGCGGCUGAUGGCUGCAAAUGCCUUGGAUACUUUCGACGAGCUCAAGACCAAAUACGAGACCCUCAUUGGACUUAACGAGACCUAUGAAUUGGGUGAGGCUGACGGUAAUGACAGUGUGGAUAUCAUCAGUGUGGGUGACACCGAUGACGAGGACGAGCGUCAACAAGGAGUUGGUGGGUCUUCAUUCACGAUUUUUCUCAAGGGUAAAGAUAAUAAGCGAAUGCCAGUGCUGGUAACAGCAGCCACUCCCACCAUCAACCUCCUCAAAUACUAUUUUGAAAAACUGGGGGUGUCGGAGGUCACAGAUCUCGAAUCCGGGAUACUUGUGUUUGACGACGAGCCCAUGGAUCUCUCAGAUGUGGUGGGUCACACGGAGCUUGAGGAGGACUUUGAAGUUGAGGUGCACUUCAAGAGCUAAUGCAGAUGUCGGGAGUUACGCACCAAUUUAAUGCACCGGGAGGUCCGCCUUCCUAAUCGGGUAAGCUUAAUCCUUCCCAGCGCAGAAAAUCAGCUGUUUUCUGGCGCGGUCCAUGUGCGAUGGCUGCACCACUACUAACACUUGGUAUCUGCCACUGACGAGGUACUGGCCACCUGGAAUCGGCACCGUCUCAGCACGCGGCAGCGCCGGUGCUCUGUUCUGGCGGUCUCGGUUGGUUGAGGUCCACUGCUUCCCCCCUUUCAAUUAGUCAUCGAGUCCCCCAGAAAUACGAUAACAAACAAUAGUAACCAAUACAUAACACCGGUAUAAACGUUAUGGUCCGAGCCAGUACCAUCCCUUGCCUACGGUCCCGGAACC